AUGCCUACACUCAAAUAUUUCGAAGAAUGUCCGGAGUUCCCAACUGAUGUACUCAUCGCCGAUAUACCCACGAUCUCGUACCUCAAACUUCUGGGUAACUUCGCAGAGGAGUCAGAAAAUCUUUACGAGGCAUGUAGGGAAUAUCAACUGUUGGAAGAUGCAGAAAUUAUGUAUGAUGCUAAUGUUGAUAUAUUCAACCUUGGACCUGAAACUUUAAUGGACAAUAAGUUAAAUAUGCCAAAAGAUCUGAAUGGUUACAAGCCAGCUGGAGUGCUCAAGACAGACGACGGCAAGGUGAAUAAUAUGGCAGAUGCAUACACUCAGUUGGGACUAGGUACUUGGUACGCGAUCUACACGCCGAGACCCAGAGGCAUUUCAAAGACAUCCAAAGACUGCAAGCGAUUUUUUCUUCGUUCACAUGAAGUUCUAACACGGGUUAUGAAUCACCUCGACAAAUAUCUAGGUUUAGUCCCUGGUACACUGUCUUCGCUUUCAUCUUUAGAGAAGCCCUCGGCUACAUCUCUUCGUCUCCUGAUGGCACGCCCACAACCUCUUAAUGAUAAAAUCAUCAAUCUAGGUGGUCACACUGACAUCGGGACAAUCGCCAUGCUAUUUCACGUAGUUGGAGGUUUCCAGGUAUUGCCCGCGGAGAGCGAGAACAUCAAAUCCAACUGGCGUUAUGUGCGUACAGUACCUGGGUGCGCCCUGAUCAAUAUUGGGGAUUCGCUUGUGGAAUGGACAGGAGAGCUGCUACGUAGCAAUCUUCAUCGCGUUGUCACACCAACUGGAAAACAUGCAACUUGUACACGCCGCAAUUCCCAAACUGGCAGAGGACGAAGACGAAGAGACUCGUUCCGUCGACGAGUGGGCAGUAUGGAGAGCGCAGCAGGUUAUGGAGGGAAAGGUGAGGCCACGAACUCGAGGUGGUCGGCCCAUCAGCAUGGGCAAUACUAUAAUUACACACUAAGUUUGAUGCUCAGCAAAUUGACAAGCCACGGCCACCAUCAACGGUAA